AUGUUUGCCCCGUACACUGCACCUGUUUUCAACGCUACUUGUGACGGUGGACCGGAUGGAACCAACGUCAAUGGACGAUACGCUACUCGCCGAUCCCAAGAGGAAGGGCAUGGUAUGGUGACUGACGGGAUUGACCCUGACGACUAUCUGGCUGCGAAGUCAAACGUCACUCUUGAGGGAUAUGUGCCAGAUACACUUCCGCCGUUCAUAUCUUCAUCUCAGUUGACUGCUAGUAGGCGGUGGGUAGUAGAGAGUGUAGCGUUCUGGGGUGUUGUCUUCGCACAUCGCGAUAGACGUCUCCUCGCAGACCUGCGUCUGUACACACCACCCGAGAAAGCCUGUGUUGAUUUGGCCGUUGCGGCAUUUGCAACCAGUUCAGAAAUCAUCCCGGUGCUGUAUCACGUCAAAGGCUUGGUCGCCGAUGGGUCGUCACCUGUACUCACGACUGCCUCACCCAAUACUAUCAGGAUGUCGCUCACUCCUGUUUCGGAGCGCGAUUUAUAUGUCGAUCCGGAAGACAAGCAUGCCGACAUCGUGUCCGUAGACAAGCAUGUCGACCAACAUGAAGAGCGGAACUUGUUCACCUAUCAACAAGGCAAACAGCUGCUGCGACGAGCGGAUUGGCAUAUUUUGCCCAUCUUGAUCCUGCUGUAUCUGUCCAAGAACAUGGACGGGAAUCUUGUCUCGUACGUCAAAACGAUCAACACGACGUCCGAAUCGAAUAUCCUUGCAGCACUCAAUAUCACCUCCAACCAAUAUGCCUACGCGGCAACUUGUUUCUCGGUCACUUUUGUGCUAUUUGAAGUGCCCAGCAACUUCCUGAUCAAGUGGUCUACUCCCCGUUUGCAUUUCUUCCGCAUUGUUGUCGCUUGGUCUAUCAUUACAGCAUGCACUGCCGCUGUUUCCAACCUUGCUGGGUUUCUUACCGCCAGAGCUUUCCUGGGUAUGGCGGAAGCUGGUCUGUAUCCCGGAAUGUUGUGGCAAUUGACAUUCUGGUAUCGACCCGACGAAAUCGCCGUCAGAAUGACUGCACUGGGCGUCUUGGGCCAAUUCUCCGGUAUCCUCGAUUCGCUACUCACUUACGGUAUCUCUUAUAUCGAUGGGAGAGGUGGUCUGGAUGGUUGGCGAUGGGCAUUCCUUAUUGUUGGACUCAUCGGUCUCUUUGAGAGUGUCCUCGUCUGGUUCUGGUAUCCCGAUUUCCCCGAUUCGCCACCGAGUCGCCGCCAAUUCCUUACUCCCGAGGAAGGUGCUUUCCUUGUCGCUCGACUCCCUCCAAACUCGGCUCGAUCAUCCGACAGCAAUUUCGACUGGGCAGCCGUGCGGCGCGAACUCAAAUCGCCGUUGUUGUGGGGAUUCUCCUUCUCCCAAAUGUGCACCAACAGCGCCCUCUACGGAUUAUCCUUUUGGCUGCCAACCAUCAUCACUUCAUUUGGGUUGACUCAAGGUCCCAAGAGUCAAUUGCUGGUUAUUCCUUCAGCGGUAGUGUACAUCGUCACUGCCAUUCUACUCGCUUGGUUCUUGGAUAACGACACGAGAGUACCGAGACCUCUACUCGCCUUCACCGGGUGUUUCGCUUUGAUUGGGAUUUACGUCGGCAUGAUCGUUUGCAAAUCCAAACCAGGCUUAUACGUUUUGAUCAUUUUUGCCCAAGCAGCAGGAGCCCUAAUCUUCGCACCACUCCUCCCACUCCGUGCCCAGUCACUUCGCGGUUCAUCAUCAGCAGCAUUCGCGUUCGCCUUCCAAAACUCGUGUGGUCAAAUUCCAGGUCUCUACACCGCUCAAUUCUUCCAGAGUAAAUACGCUCCCAGGUAUGCUGUUCCAUUCGGGAUCUGCAUUGCUUUCACGGGUGCUGUCUUCAUUGCCAAUGCUUGGAUUUGGUAUUGGCAGUACGACCUUGAAAAGGAGACCAGAAGGGUUGCGAGGGCGAGGCGAGCCGCUGGAAAGAGUGAGGGUGUGGUGGUGGUGGAAGAGGUGAAGUCAAUCUGA